CCCCCCCCGCCCGCGUCUCUCAGCGCCGCGCGGGCGCCAUGGUAACAGGGGCCGCCCCCUCCCUGGCAGGCAGGGGCGCGGAGGGACGGGGGCCGCCUUGGGCCAAACGACCCCGCUUCCCUUUCGCCCUCCGCCGCAGGGGCGGGAGCCGGCCGGGGCCAAGCGGCGCAUGCGCCUGAGCGGCGAGGGGGCGGGGGGGGGCGCGUUUCCGGUGCCGGGGCGAGCCGCAGGUUCAGUUCCGGGGCGGCCGCUGCCGGGGGUGGGGACGCGAUGGAGUCGGUGCUGAGCGAGGUGGUGGCGGUGGAGGAUCUGCUGCGCUUCGAGAAGAAGUACAACGCGGAGCUGAGCGGCGGCACCGUCUCCAAGGGGACGCAGUUCGAAUACGCCUGGUGCCUGGUGCGCAGCAAAUACAACGCCGACAUCAGAAAGGGCGUCGUGCUGCUGGAGGACCUGGUGCCCAGAGGCUGCAAGGAGGAGCAGCGGGACUACGUCUUCUACCUGGCCGUGGCCAACUACCGGCUGAAGGAGUACGAGCAGGCCCUGAAGUACAUCCGGGGGCUGCUGAAGACGGAGCCCACGAACACGCAGGCGCUGGAGCUGGAAAAGCUCAUCGACAAGGCCAUGCAGAAAGACGGCCUGGUGGGCAUGGCGAUCGUCGGCGGCAUGGCGCUGGGCGUGGCCGGCCUGGCCGGCCUCAUCGGAUUGGCCAUCUCCAAGUCGAAAUCGUAGCUCCGCCCCCCCCCGUUCUCCCCUCCCGCCGGGCCCGGGAGCCCACGCGCCAACUCCGCUCCGAGUCACUAAUCUUCCCCCCCCCCGGAUCCCCCCCCGCGCUCGGGGGGCUAAUCAGUGCAAUAGGGGUUCGGCCAGAGGGGCGUGGGGGGGCGAUCGGCCGGCCCCCCCUUUCCCAGGCAGCAGGGGGAGACGACGGUGGUUCCCCCGCAGGGGGCGGGGGCUGACGUCCGGCCCCCCCGGCGCCAGGGUUCCCCGCCCCACACGCGCCCCUCCUGUCCCCGCUGGAACCGCUGCCUUCGCGAUGUAAAUAAAGGCUGGUUCUGGUUCGACCCGCAGUGGGA